GUACCUAGUUGCUUACUGUGUUGUUGAGGUUGAUUGUAAAGAAAGCUGAACUUUUUUCCUUGAAUGCUUACGUGAAGCUCUUGGAGAUAGCAGUGAAGACUUGUCUUUGAUAUUCAUGGCAGACAGGCAAAAGGUAAGUUGUUGCCAUUCUAUUUAAAUUUUUUUGGUUUUUAUGUAUUGGGAUUUAUUACUCAUCAUAAUAUGACGUUGGUGUAGGGACUAUCAGAUGCCAUUACUACAUCUUUCCCACAAGCUCAUCAGAGGGUUUGUUGUAGACAUUUAUAUUAGAACUUCAAGUCCAAAUAUCUUAGUAUGUUAUUAAAAGUACAUUUUUGGGGGACUACAAGAGGAUAUACUACUGUCCAGUUUGAAAGAGAAAUGAAGGUUAUCAAGGAAAUUAAUUCGGAAGCAUAUGAUUGGUCAGAUAUCCACCCCCUCAAGCUAUGGUCUAGGCAUGCAUUUGAUAUUAGGGCUAAGAGUCACCACCUUACAAAUAAUACAACUGAAUCUUUCGACCAAUGGAUAUUAGAAGUAAGAGAUAAGCCCAUAUUGAGUGUGAUUGAUCAAAUAUAGAUUAAAUUAAUGAAUAGAUUGUAUAAACUAAACCAUUAUGGGCUUGGUUAUAUGUAUGAGGAUCCCGUCACACCAAUGGUCAAGAAAAAAUUAGACAAGAUUCUGCAAAAGUCUAGGUAUUGCAUAGUCCAUUCAUCAAGUCCAGUUGCAUUUGAGGUGAUAGAUUUUCAUCAAAAUAGAUUUAUACAUGGUGCAUUUGAUACACUAAAUGUGUGGUUGCUAUGAAUGGGAAUCUACAGGAUUGCCAUGUGUACAUGCAGGGAUGGUUAUUUUACAUAUGCAAUUGAAGAUUGAUGAUUACUGUGAUGAAUUUUACAGUGUAAAGAAGUAUAUGGAUAUAUAUAAGGAAAUGAUCCAACCACUUCCAGAUUUUACUGAUUUGAGUUAUACUCACCGCACCGGUAUGCUACAGCCUCCAGAACUUAAAAGAAGGCCAGGAAGAUCGAAAAAGAGCAGAAAAAUAGUGUUUGAUGAGCCUCCUGCUAGUGAGUUCAGGAAGAGGUCAUCAAGCGUAAGAUGUGCCAUAUGCGGGAAGACAUGCCACAACAAAAGGACAUAUUCGAGAGAUCCUGAUACAGGGAAGCAGGUAUCAACUAAGAAAGCAAAGGGAUGGUCAUCAAGGGGAAGAUAUCUGCAGCUCACAAAGAAUGACAAGGUCACAGACAUCUGUAACAGGUAUACAAGAUACUAUACAACAAAGAACAAUAGCACGUUUGUCAGCCACGUACACGAGGAGGAAAGCGGUAAAGGCAAAAGCAGUUUUCAGAUGCUACUAACAAAUGAAGGACCAUAUCUUUAUGUAUUUAUGCAAAACUCCCUUAGUGUGAUGUUCUGUUGUGGGUGAUUUGGUAUUCAGUUAAUGAGAGUGGGGUCUAAGACUGUUAAUUUUGUAUCCCCUUUGUGUGGGAUCUGAAAGUAUGUUUAAGUUUGUAUCCAGUUGGAAACAAUGGUG